GAGAGGCAACCUCCUGCCUGCCUCUGGUCCCACUCCUGGAGGGACUGUAGGGCCCCAGUCUUCAGUGUCCAAGGGCCAUGACAGGGGCCGCUGGAGGCCACUGCUCCAGCCCCCCAUGGGAAGCCGAGGCCUCGGGAGACAUAGGGCCUAGCCCAAGACAGAGCCCACAUCUCCCACCGGCCAGUCCAUUGCUGUCCUGCACGGACUCGGCAGGUUUCUUCUGGCUCCCUGGGGCCAGAGGAGGGGGAGCUGGGACCCGGCCCAUGGAAGCGAGAGGGCCAAGGACCACAGGGGCCAUGGGAGCUCAGGAUGGAAGGGCCAGUGUAGGGGGAAGGCUUCCUGGAAGAGGAGAGUGUUUUACAUAGCCUAAAGGUGGGGCAGAAUUUGACUAGUCAGCGGAGUGAGGAAGAAAGUUCCAGCCGGCUGGAGAGUGACACAGGCAGAGACUCGGGCGGAAAUUCCCAAGGAGCCACUGGAGGAGGGAGAGCCCAGGGCCUGCUGGAGUCAAUCCAUAAGCCUUCCCGGACAGGCCAGACAGUAGGAGCCCGCCUCCGGGGGCUGCGAUGGGACAGGAGCCAUGAAUGGUGCCGCCCCCGGCCCCGCCGCCGCCGCCGCCCCGGUCCCGGACUGGCGGCAGUUCUGUGAACUGCACGCGCAGGCGGCCGCCGUGGAUUUCGCGCACAAGUUCUGCCGUUUCCUGCGGGACAACCCGGCCUACGACACGCCCGACGCCGGGGCCUCCUUCUCCCGCCACUUUGCCGCCAACUUCCUGGACGUGUUCAGCGAGGAGGUGCGCCGCGUGCUGGUGGCCGGGCCGGCGCCCCGGGGAGCGGCCGAGCCCCCAGACGCCAUGGAGCCCGAGCCCUCGGGGACCCCGGCGCUCAAAGCCGCGCCCUACGGCCACUCGCGGAGCUCCGAGGACGUGUCGGCGCACGCGGCGGCCAAGGCCCGCGUCCGCAAGGGCUUCUCGUUGCGCAAUAUGAGCCUGUGCGUGGUGGACGGCGUGCGCGACAUGUGGCACCGGCGCUCCUCGCCCGAGCCCGACGCCGCCCCGCGGGCCGCCGAGCCCCCAGCCGAGCCGCGCGACAAGUGGACGCGGCGCCUGCGGCUGUCGCGGACGCUAGCGGCCAAGGUGGAGCUGCUGGACAUCCAGCGCGAGGGCGCGCUGCGCUUCAUGGUGGCCGACGACGCGGCCGCGGGUCCCGGGGGCGUCGCCCAGUGGCAGAAGUGUCGCCUGCUCCUGCGCAGGGCCGUGGCAGGCGAGCGCUUCCGCCUAGAGUUCUUCGUGCCGCCCAAGGCCUCCAGGCCCAAAGUCAGCAUCCCUCUGUCGGCCAUCAUUGAGGUCCGCACCACCAUGCCCCUGGAGAUGCCGGAGAAGGACAACACGUUCGUGCUCAAGGUGGAGAACGGAGCAGAGUACAUCCUGGAGACCAUCGACUCCCUGCAGAAGCACUCGUGGGUAGCUGACAUCCAGGGCUGUGUGGACCCUGGGGACAGCGAGGAAGAUGCCGAUCUCCCCUGUGCCCGGGGAAGCUGUCUGGCCAGCCGUGUGGCCUCUUGCAGCUGUGAGCUCCUGACGGAUGCAGCGGACCUGCCCCGGCCCCUAGAGACAACGGCAGCCGUGGUGACAGCCCCACACAGCCGAGCUCGAGAUGCCGUCGGGGAGUCCCUGGUCCAUGUCCCACUGGAGACCUUCCUGGAGACCCUGGAGUCCCCAGGUGGCAGCGGCAGUGACAGCAAUAACACAGUGGAGGACGGAGCAGAGCCGGAGCCCGAGGCUGAGCCCGAGCUGGAGCUCUCUGACUACCCCUGGUUCCACGGGACACUGUCACGGGUCAAGGCAGCUCAGCUGGUUCUGGCAGGCGGGCCCCGGAGCCACGGCCUCUUCGUGAUCCGCCAGAGUGAGACUCGGCCUGGCGAGUACGUGCUGACCUUCAACUUCCAGGGCAAGGCCAAGCACCUGCGCCUGUCCUUGAACGGCCACGGGCAGUGCCAUGUGCAGCACCUGUGGUUCCAGUCUGUGCUCGACAUGCUCCGCCACUUCCACACCCACCCCAUCCCGCUGGAGUCCGGGGGCUCUGCAGACAUCACCCUUCGCAGCUAUGUGCGGGCCCAGGACCCCCCACCUGACCCGGGGCCCUCGCCCAGCGCCGCGCCCGCGCCCCCCACCUGCUGGAGCGAGCCGGCCGGCCAGCACUACUUCUCCAGCCUCGCCGCGGCUGCCUGCCCGCCCGCCUCGCCCUCGGAGGCCGGCGGCGCCUCGUCCUCAUCCGCCUCGUCGUCCUCGGCAGCGUCUGUGCCCGGCGCCUCGCGCCCGGUCGAGGGCCCGCUGAGCGCGCGCAGCCGCAGCAACAGCGCCGAGCGCCUGCUGGAGGCGGCGGGCGGGGGCGCCGACGAGCCCCCAGAGACCGGGCCGGGAGAGGGCGCCCGGGGCCGCACGCGCGCGGUCGAGAACCAGUACUCCUUCUACUAGGCCGGCGCGGGCGGCGCCAAGGCCCUGGGGCCACCCGGACCCGCCCGGCCGCGGGGCGAUGGCCCACGUGGCCGUCCGUCCCACGGACCCUGCCGGCCCCCGCCCGGCGCUGGGUGGGAAAA